UAACAGGUGCCAAGUCUACCCUCCGUUAACUGUUUGUAUCCAUCAAACAGACCGAGCAUAGAACAUAAAAAUCACUAUAAUUGUAGCCUGCUAACGCUAUAAGAACUUGCAUUGGCCUGUGUGCUGUCCCUCCCCCUCUCUCCCUCUCUCUCUCUCCCUCUCUCUCUUCACCAGUGAGCCAACAUGUCUCGAUCAUCCAGCCCUGAUGCCCACUGGGAUCGACUAGAGACCUGGCUGAGUGCCCUGACUAGCACCCUUAUUCCUGAAGCCGCCGGGGACCUGCAGAACAUGAGCCGGGAACAGCUCGACGACAACCUGAGCACCUUGAUGGCCCACGAUCCGACACAGGACUACAGCCACAAAGAGCUGGCCAAGAUCGUCGGGUCACUGGCCCAUAACCUCCUCGGCCAGGCAAAGCUGAGUGAAGCAAGCAUCUCCCGCCAGGAACAGGAAGCAGCAGCGCUGAAGCUCCAGGCUGAGGAAGCUCAGAGAAACUGGAUGCGCGCUCAGAGUCAACUGGACCAGCUAACCUCGGAGACUCAGCACCAGCACAGGACAGCGGACGAAAAGGACCCAGAGCUGCAGGAGGAAGUAGAGAGACUCCAGAACGCCCUGACUGAUCUCUGUGUAGAUACAGCACGACGAGAGCAGCAGGAAAAGGACACCAGAGAGGAGCUGAGUAAAAAACUCCAGCAAGCUGAGGCUCUCCUGAGGAGAGCAGAGACUGAACUUAAAGAAAGAGAAGCCAGGGCCAAGGCCUGUGAGGGCCACCUGCAAAGUGCCCAGGCUGAAGUCAGUGCCCUGGCCCAACAAAGAGACUAUUUGAAAGAAGAAUGUGACACAGUUCACCGAGAGCUUAAACAUUCAUAUAGACUCCCACUGCUCAAGAUAUCACCUGCCAGCAUCCCAGAACCCCCAGCAGCAGAAAGGGGGUGGGAGCCUUUCCAAAGGCUGUCUUCCAGUCACGGUGUGUCACCUAAAGAAUUGGAUAAGCUGGCUAGAAACAUUCCCACUUUCACUCCAAGCCCUGCAGGAGGCCACGAUGUGCACGACUAUUUAAAAGACAUUGAUUUUCACUUGCAAACUGUUGCCAAUGUUACCACACGAGACAGAUUGUACCUGCUCAGAAUCACCGCCAGCCGUGAAGUCCGGAGCUUUCUAGACCGACAGCCAGAAACAGUCAAAGUGGAUUACCAGCAACUGCAGCAGGCUUUGAUUAAAGAAUUCUAUGACCCAGAAUCAGAGCAAGGGCUGAUUACGGCCAUGGACCUUAAACAGGGCAGACAGGAAACCACGCAGUCUUUCUACAACAGGCUCAGACAACCAUACUUCGGAGCACGGAAUGAGCCAGGAAUGGAAGAAGAAUUCAAUUUCAAAACUCUGUUCCUCCGGAACUUGCACCCAACAGUGAGUCACCAUUUGGGGGUUCUGGCUUGCCCACGGACUAUGUCCACCCAACAGCUGCGAGACUUAAGCCAUAAGGCCUAUGCCAAACAAAGAACUGCUUCUGAAAAGAUGGGAAAACCCCCCACAAUCUAUCCUGUCACUAAUCAGAGUUCAGAACUUGCCCUAGAGGGCGCCGAGCCUCGCCACAGCAAUUGGAGUCAAUGGGGUGCAAAGGUCCAUGAACAGGUGCACUGCUGCCUUUUAACCUUCAUGAUCCACCUGCCAUCUAACCAUCAGGAUCCACCUGCCAUCCGGCCUUCACCACCCACCUGCCAUUUAACCAUCAUGAUCCACUGUUGUCUGAUGAUGUCUCAAUUCAGAGCAUCUUCAGACAAAAAGGGGGAGUCUGUAACAUCUGUGUAA